GAUGCUGCAGCUCCAGUGGACGCACUCUCUCCCUCUCUCUCUCUCUCCCUCUCUCUGAUAAUAACACUCAGCACAGUCAUGGCGACAAUGACAGUCCAACCGCUCACCCUGGAGCGAGAUGUUGCCAGGGCAAUUGAGCUGCUGGAGAAAUUACAGGAGUCAGGUGACGUCCCAGGUCACAAGCUGCAGUCCCUGAAGAAGGUUCUAGAGAGCGAGUUCUGCACGGCCAUUAGAGAAGUCUAUCAAUAUAUGCAUGAAACAAUAACAGUGAAUGGCUGUCCGGAGUAUCAAGCACGUGCAACAGCUAAGGCCACAGUGGCGGCGUUUGCAGCCAGCGAGGGUCAUUCUCACCCGAGAGUGGUGGAGCUGCCCAAAACGGAGGAGGGGCUGGGUUUCAAUGUGAUGGGCGGUAAAGAGCAGAACUCUCCAAUCUACAUCUCCCGCAUCAUCCCUGGGGGCAUGGCCGAGAGGCACGGUGGACUAAAGAGAGGUGAUCAGCUACUGUCUGUCAACGGAGUGAGUGUGGAGGGCGAACACCACGAGAAGGCUGUGGAGCUGCUAAAAGCAGCUAAGGACAGCGUCAAAUUGGUGGUUCGCUAUACCCCUAAAGUCCUGGAGGAGAUGGAGGCGCGGUUCGAGAAGCUCCGCACCGCCCGUAGACGCCAACAACAGCAGCUCCUCAUACAACAACAGCAGCAGCAGAACCUGGCCUCUCAGCAGAACCACAUGUCGUAGAUUGUUCCAAAAGAAGAAGAAGUAGAGGACACUGAGUGGGAGCUGCUCAAAAUCACAAUCUCAGUGAUGUAGGAGAUCCAAGAGAUCGGAAGAGGACAAGUGAACACUCCUCUUUCAGUGUACUACUCCAUGAUCGGUGUCCCAAAUUGGUGCUUGGAAAUUGUACAUGAUGGCAUAGAGGACGUCGUGCACGGAGAACAUGGUUUUACAGUUAUUGUUCCUAUUUCAGUUGUCUGAAACCAGACACAAGUUGAGUCCCUCUUGUAGUUUUGUGAAAACGUGUUUACUCGACAUUUAAUUCUAAUGCAUUUGAUUUUGUUUUUAUUUUUGUUAUAUUUUCAUUUCCACCGCUUUGUACAGUAACCGUUCAAAGGAUUCUUUUGGUGCUCGUGUCUAUGAAUAGAAAGCGCUUUUAUGUCCUUGACUGGAUAACUCUGAGGUAUUUUAUACCAUAUUGUAGCAAGGAAUAUUUUGUAAUGAAAGUAGAUUUAGCAAUAACACACUUGUUUUGUCAUUCUAUUGUCACAUUAUGGGUAAAAAAAAAAAAAAUCUGCUUAAAUUCUAGAAGAAGAAUUUUAUGAUGGAAAAUGCAUCUUAUGCACCAUGUGACGUAAGUCGGACUUCAUUAUGAAUAUCAUUUGCACAGAAAGUUCUUGUGAGAUCACUGUAUAGACAGUGCCAUGGAAAUAAUUUUGUACAUUUGGCAGGUAUAUUUAAAAGAUCAUUCAUCGAUGACUGGAUCAAUGCAGUUUUACGGUUGUGAUGUCACUAUUGAAUUUAAAAUCGAAUUCAGAAAUGUUCUAUUUAAGUCGAUAUUAUAAGAUACUUUUCUAUAUACGAGGACAAACAGAAUGUCAAACACUGAUUCAUGAUCAACAAAUGAAGGUAAAUCAUAACUUAGUAUUUUAUUAUUUUAACGUUCUAUUUUCAAGUUUAUUUUAAAGGUUAAAUGAUUAUUAAAUGUGCUGUGUUAUACUUUACGGCAUUAUAUUUAACUUAACCGACCACCUCAUUCACUGGAAACUUUAUUGUUACAUUGUCCUGUUUUGACAAUCAAUUUAUGACGCAAGCAUUACUCUACUGCAUUAUACUAUUUAUUUCAUAAAAAUUAAAUUUUAAUUGUAUUUCAGCCUCAUUCCCUCAAAAUAAACGCACAAACACACGUAAAAUGUCUAUCCAUUACAGUGCUGUAGUUGUACUGUUUAGAAGCAAACUGUAAAUCGGCAAUUAGUUGACCACCAGUAAUCAACGGUAAUAUCUAAUCUAUGUUAUUGUAAUUUCAGUUGAUGGUUUUUCCUACAUUGGACUUUGGUAGAUACGUCAUUUAGUUCCUAUGUUGGUUGGUUUUUUUGUAAUCUCAGACUGUGGGUAACCUUUAAACGAGUCAUCCUAGUAGACAAAACCACGCAAAGCUGUGAAAGUGAUUUGUUCCUUGAUUCUCAAUGGAUUCUUUUCCCUUUUAUAUGUUCACUUAAAGACUUUCGUAUUAAUGCACCAUUUGCAUUAAUACAAGCUUAUCUUAUUAUACAGUGGGGAAAUAACUACCAAGUAAUAUGCAAUUGUUAUACAUAUUAUAUUUGUAUAAAUAAAUAAAUGUGCGUGUGU